ACCUAAGUUUCAUUCAUCCAAUGCAACUCACAAAUUAAUUAAAUCCUUAUGUUAUAUGGCUUCUUUACAGGUUUCGUCUUUGAUUUCUUCAUCUUCUUCACAAAAACAAGCAAUGUUACAAGCCAAAGCCGCUAUCCAUGUCCCUAACUUCCCCAGAGCUCCAAAACUACCAUCAUUACCAACCACCAAUACUCUCUUUCAGGAACUCAACAAUGGCUUCACUCACUCAUCAUCAAUUUUACCAGUACUGCAAGAUAACAAUGAUUCAAGCAACAAUGUUAACUGCAGUUGUUCAUCAAAAUCAAAAGCUACCAUGCAUCAGCUCUAUGCGAUUCUAGAAGCAGUGUCAGACAGGGUGGAAAUGCAUCACAACGUGGGGGAGCAGCGUAACAACUGGAACACCCUCCUUCUCAACUCCAUAAACAUGAUCACUCUCACCGCCACCGUCAUGUGCGGCAUGGCAGCCGCAAGUGGCGCCGCGGCCGGUGCUCCAGUUUUGGCUCUGAAACUAUCCUCUGCGCUUCUGUUUUCUGCAGCCACGGGAAUGGUGGUCAUCAUGAACAAGAUCCAGCCGUCACAGCUUGCAGAGGAGCAACGCAAUGCCACGAGGCUGUUCAAACAGCUUGAGGCCGAAAUCGAAACCAUAAUCGCUCUUGGAAAUCCCAGCAAGGAAGACGUGAAGCGUUCAAUGAAGAAGGUGUUGGCACUUGACAAAGCUUACCCUCUUCCCUUGCUUGGAGCCAUGCUUGAAAAGUUCCCUCAGAAAUUCGAACCCGCUGUUUGGUGGCCUUCUUCAAAGAGAAGAACCAUCCGAUUCAACGAAAAAAAGGGAGAGAUAAAUAAUAAUGGAUGGGAUAAGGGUCUGGAAAUGGAAAUGAGAGAGGUGGUUGAAGUGAUGAAGAAGAAGGACGUGGAGGACUAUGAGAGAUUAGGGAAUUUGGUGUUGAAAAUCAACAAGACUCUCGCCAUUGCAGGUCCUUUACUCACUGGAAUUGCGGCGGUUGGGUCUUGUUUCGUGAGGCAAGGUUCAUGGGCAAGCGUUGUUCCUCUCGUGGCGGGGGCAUUGGCCACGGCGGUGAAUGCAUUCGAGCAUGGUGGACAGGUUGGGAUGGUGGCUGAGAUGUAUAGGAGCACCGCAGGGUUCUUCAGGCAGACACAAGAUUGGAUCCAAGAAACCAUUGAAGAAGAGAUUGAGGAAAGAGAGGAUGGGGAGUUGUUUGAGAUGAAGCUGGCUUUGAAAUUGGGAAGGAGUUUGUCACAGUUGAGAGAUCUUGCUGCAAAGUCGGCGUAUUCUCGUAUAGAGGGAACUCCCAUUGAUGAAUUUGCUAGCAAGAUCUUCUAAUUACAUUAUUAUUAGGCAAAUUAACUAUAUCUUGAUUAAUUAUUUUUUGUAUAUACAUAGUAAUCCUAACCUGGAAAUGGAAAGUGUUAGUACUUUUGGGAUA